AUGAAGCAGAGCUGGGGACCAGGGCUGCUCAUUCUGGGAGCGGUGGUCCUCACAGAGGGUCUUCAAGCAGCUCAGCCUGCGUGUGGGCAGCGCGGCCCUGGCCCCCCUGAGCCCCAGGAAGGCAACACGGUGCCUGGCGAGUGGCCAUGGCAGGCCAGUGUGAGGAGGCAGGGGGUCCACAUCUGCAGUGGGUCCCUGGUGGCAGACACCUGGGUCCUCACCGCUGCCCACUGCUUUGAAAAGGAAGCAGUGACAGAACUGAACUCCUGGUCAGUUGUCGUGGGUUCUCUGCAGCGUGAGGGCCUGAGCCCAGGGGCUGAAGAGGUGGGGGUGACUGCUCUGCAGUUGCCCAGGGCCUAUAACCACUACAGCCAGGGCUCAGACCUGGCCCUGCUGCGGCUCGCCCAACCCACGGCCCACACACCUCUCUGCUUGCCCCAACCUGCCCAUCGCUUCCCUUUUGGGAUCUCUUGCUGGGCCACUGGCUGGGACCAGGACACCAGCGAUGCUCCCACAACUCUACGGAAUCUGCGCCUGCGUCUUAUCAGCCGCCCCACGUGUAACUGUCUCUACAACCGGCUGCACCAGCGGCUGUUGGCCAGCCCAGCCCGGCCUGGGAUGCUGUGUGGGGGUCCCCAGCCUGGGGUGCAGGGGCCCUGUCAGGGAGAUUCCGGGGGCCCCGUGAUGUGCCGCGAGCCUGAGGGACAGUGGGUUCAGGCUGGGAUCAUCAGCUUUGCAUCAAACUGUGCCCAGGAAGACACUCCUGUGCUGCUAACCAACAUGGCUGCUCACAGCUCCUGGCUGCAGGCUCGAGCUCAGGGGGCAGCCUUCCUGGCCCAAAACCCAGAGACCCUAGAGAUCAGUGAUGAGGACAGCUGUGUAGCCUGUGGCUCCUUGAGGAGAGAAGGUCCCCAGGCAGGAGCCCCCUCCGCAUGGCCCUGGGAUGCCAAGCUGAAGCACCAAGGGAGGCUCGCCUGUGGCGGAGCCCUGGUAUCAGAGGAGGUGGUGCUGACUGCUGCCCACUGCUUCAUUGGGCGCCAGACCCCAGAGGAAUGGAGUGUAGUGCUGGGGGCCGGACCAGAGGAGCGGGGCCUGAAGCAACUCAUCCUGCAUGGGGCUUAUACCCAUCCGGAGGGGGGCUACGAUGUCGCCCUGCUGCUGCUGGCGCAGCCUGUGACACUGGGCCCCAGCCUGCGGCCCCUCUGCCUGCCUUAUGCUGACCACCGCCUACCUGAUGGGGAACGUGGCUGGGUCCUGGGGCUGGCCCAAGGAGCAGGCACCAGCUCCCUUCAGACAGUGCCUGUGACCCUCUUGGGCCCCAGGGCCUGCAGCCGGCUGCAUGCAGCCCUUGGGAGCGAUGGCAUCACCAUUCUGCCAGGGAUGGUGUGUACCAGUGUUGUGGGUGAGCUACCCCGCUGUGAGGGCCUGUCUGGGGCACCACUGGUGCACGAGGUGAGGGGCACAUGGUUCCUGGCUGGGCUACACAGCUUUGGAGAUGCCUGCCAAGGCCCUGCAAGGCCUGCGGUCUUCGCAGCACUCCCCACCUAUGAGAACUGGGUCAACAGUUUGGACUGGCAGGUCUACUUCGCCAAGGAGCCGGAGCCAGAGGCUGAGACUGGAAGCUGCCCGGCCAACAUGAGUAUGUGCCCUGGGGCCUCCCUGCCAACACUUCCCUCUCUAGACCCCUUCUCUCUCAGUCUAGGAAAAGACCUGUUCUGACCCACCUGCAGCUGCCCUCGUUGGGGUGGAGCAGUGGACAGACCCAUCUGGAUUCGAAUUCUCGUUCUUUGUCACUGUGUGACACAGACCAGGCCUCUCAACCUCUUCGAACAUCAAUUUUCUCAUCUGUCAUGGGGGAUAAGUAGCACCUCCUUCCUCUUCCUUCAAGGAAGGGAGGAAAGUUGUGAGAAUGAGGCCAACCCCAUACCUCCUUCCUCUCCCUGACAGGGCAACCACCCGGCU